GUGACGUGUAGGCCCGAAUUUGCCGGUUCCCCCAUCUACUUUCAUCCCUUCUUUCAAGGUGAGAAUCAUGUCUUUGUGGGCUUGAAAUGCCACUGGAUACGUCUGGGCCCAUGUUGGUAUGCUGUUUGAGCCAUUUGAACGGCUUGAAUCGAUGGGAAAAUGCUGGAUGCGUGGUUGAAAGUUUGGAUGUAAUUGUGCAUCGCUGAACUCGAAUCAGCCAGAACUUCGUGUUCCUCGACUGUCGUUGUCCCUCCGUUUAUUCUGGACUCAUUGUGGCUGCUUUUUCAUGAUUUGGAAUUUGAGUGCUCAAACUUGGCAUUAUUCUUAGGCUCGCUGUACUUCAAAAUGCCACCAAAGGCUACGGAGAAGGUUGACUCAAAACCGGACGCCGCUCCCAAGGAUACUAGUGGGGGCGAUGAGACAACAAAAGCUCUUCUUACCAGGAAAGCCGCCCUCAAAGGAGUCAACUCGCAUGGGUGGCGCAAGAUCUACACCACGCCGAGAUUCCGUCGUCCAAAGACACUCCGCUUGCCUCGUGAGCCUCGGUACCCUCGCAAGGCUAUUCCCUCCUUCCCCAAGAUGCUGGAGUAUAGCACUCUCCGUUACCCUCUUAACACUGAGAGUGCUAUGAAGCAGAUUGAGGACCAUAACACGUUGGUCUUUAUCGUUGAUCUGAAGGCGACAAAGCCGCAGAUUGGGAAGGCGAUCAAGAAGUUGUAUGGUGUUCAACCACUGAAAGUAAACACUUUGAUUCGUCCUGACGGCAAGAAGAAGGCUUACGUUCGCCUGACACAAGAUUACGAUGCAUUGGAGGUUGCGAACAAGAUUGGGUUCAUCUAAACCGACAGGCGCAACGUACUCGUCAUAUACUCCCUUUAUCGUGUCUCCAUCGCAACAAUCUUUCCAUUCGCUUACCCUCUCUGCUACCUCUGCAAUGCUUUGUCAUAGUAUGCAUUAUUGUCAUUACGCAUUAUGUUGCCUAUUCCAUUUCCCUCGCUUCUCUG